AUGAGCCCUGAAAUGGACCUAGAGACUGUUCUUGAGUCAGAGGUGAAGGAAUGGCACUUCCACAUCUACUUCCACCAGCAUAACGCUGAGGAGCACGCGGCUGCGCUCGAGCUUCGCGAUGCGGUUCUGAGACUGCGAAGGGACGGCGCGUUCGUCGCGGUGCCUCUGUGGAGGGUGAACAUGGAGCCCAUGGGCCCGCAUCCUGUUGGAUCAUACGAGAUUUGGUGUCCGGCUGAGUCAUUCUCGAGCGUGUUCUCGUACCUGUGUAUAAACCGCGGGGAGCUCAGUAUUCUCGUUCAUCCGCUGACUCGGGAGGAGGUACGCUGGGAUCAUGACACCCGCAAGACCUGGAUCGGCCCCUCUUACCCGCUCGACUUAUCUAAGCUCCCCGUGAAAAGCGAGGAAGUCCCUCUGCAGUACGCCAGUCUCAAACUAGGGUAUUCGUCGACUGCGCCGAAGCUAUCGUUAGAGGAGCGCCGCAAGAUUGGGUCGAACGUCGAGAAGAUACUCCGCGGCGAAAAGGAGGCUGCCAGAGCUCCCGCAGAAUAA